UCAACGGGAAGCUCAGUCAACGCUCACAAGCCGAAGAGCGAAGACGUUAAGCCAAAGCUAGCCCGGUUCUGACAGAGACCGCUGCCACUGACACGAACUGAGCACGUACUAGAAGAACGUCUCUUAAGUGAAUAUUCGGAAACCAUGGCUCAUCUAAAGGUGCUCACCCCCUCACCAUCCUCAACUUUGAGUGAUCUCCUGGGACCCCUUCCUACCGAAGAAGACUUAACUGAAACGUCUUUGGAAGACCCAACUGAAGUCCUCACUCGAGCUUUCCUCAGAAGAAGAGUAGAGGAGGAAGUUAGAACAAAUACUCAAAACAAUAUUCUGCUCCCACCGCAUCUACUGGACCAAGUAGCUGAUCAUGUCCUCUUUUUCGCAAAGGACGAACCCUGUGGAUUGAGAGGGUGUGUUCUUACGGUGAUUUGGGACGAUGGGGAAAACGGCCAGCAGCAGCUAGCGCAAGUCAAAGCCGACGCCACCACCCCAACCACCCACAUCUUAGGUCUAACGCUUAGACCAGAUGCAGCCUCCUGGUACACGAAAAUGGCCAGAAUUUUUAGGUCGCUGGGAAAAAGGCGCAUGGUAGUAUCAUCCCAAUAUGAUCUCACUAAAAGGAGGCUAUACAGCUUUGAGGAGUAAGACUCCUGCUUUUGGAGAGAGAAAGAGAAACAUUAUAAACACGAGCUGCGGCCCGAGAGAACAGAUUUCGGAAUGGUUGCCGACUGCUACUUCCAACAAACACCUCUCCCUCCAGUUGAAGAAGAUAGAAGAGAAAGUAUAUGGACUUAUUUUUGUCGUGCUGAGAAAGAUGGUACUUCCCCUCCUCCCCCCCUCCCCCGUGGCUUCUUUUUGCACAGUCGGCUUUUGGAAGUCUCAAAAAGUAUUGCACACAGGUUUUGUUCCUGUUGGGUAAUGUACAAUAGCUAAUGCAGUAUGUUAUGACGUUGUUCUUUAAGUGAUCGUAGCUAUUUAAAAAAAAAAAAACUAGAUCCAUCUGUCAUCUUAUAUGUGUUUCAAGUCAUUUGUAGUAGUUAUUCGUCCGAAUAUCAUCAACUGUCAUACAGUUUCUCAUUUAUUCUAUAGUAUAUAUUGCAGGCUUGUUUAGCCAGCCUACACUAGUUUAUACGUGGAUAAGACAUUGGUUAUUUCAUUAUAAUCAUUACUCAUUUUUAAGGCAUACUGGAGAUAUUAUAAUUUGGUGGACUAAUUUAAAGUCUCUCAUCUUUAAGUUUGUCAUGUGUGCGCGCCUGUCUGCCUGUUUCAUUUUGCAGAAUAUGUAUGAAUGUAUUUUUUUUUCUUUGCUCGUCCGAGUGAUUAGAAGUAGGGUUUUACUUGACCUGAAAGGAAGCUACAUCGAUCUCUUUACUAAUCUAAAGAAAGAUUUGAAAUUACGUGUUUUAAUGUGUGUGGUUGCUAAUAUUAAGUUCUCUAACAAUUGAGAGAGAAAGAGAAUAAUUAACGAAACGCUUUUUUUAUUAAGGUUUUUUUUUAUGGUGUACGAGGCCAAGAUUCGUACGUAACGAAGUUCUCAAAUGUGAAAGAUGGCUAGAAUCAAUUGUUCAAGUGUUCAAAAUAAUUGAAGCCCAACAGUUUUACAAGUUCAAAGAAAUGUAUAUGUAAGGGUUAAUAUUUUCAGUUUUUUUGUAAUAUUUUUAAGGUUCGAUUUCCCCAAGGUGGUAACUUCAUCAUUUCUUGUAAAUGUUAAAAAAAAAAGCAGUGUUUGCUGGUAAACGAAUCAUUAUGCUUUCACUGAUUGUUCUUUUUUUUUAUUCAGACGAUACGCUUUUCGGUUCUACAAAUGUUACACUGUUUGUAGCUCACGGACUUGUUAUAUGAAUCUUUUUUUAUCAAUUUUUUUUUUAAUCUAGGUGUUCCCACGGACCAACCAAUAUUACUUUUGGUUUCUAUUCAUGAGAUGUACACCACUUACCUAUUAUGCCUUGUGAGGUAUAGUUGAAUGUCUUGAUGUAGGUAGAUUAUUCAAUCAAUUUUUUUUUUUUUUUUUUUCAUCAAGUGGGCUUCCAGCAAUGUCGACUCCUACAAUAUAAGAGGCGUACAAAGAUAUUUAAGUAUUUAUGAAUUAGAUCUCAAGAGUCUAAUAGAAACAUAGAAGAAAAAGAGAAAAGGCUGCCAUAAAAAGAAAUGUAAUUAUGGAUCACAACUUUAUAUUAUAUUGUAUCUGCAACCUUGAAAGAUCCCUAAGCUCGCUACCUAUUUAUUAUAUAUACAAUGGUUUUUCAUGGUUUUGUAUGCACAUAUAGGAAAAGGUGUUGAUAUAAAAAAAAAUGACUUAGCUGUGGUGGUAUUUGGUACUCUUUUUAAAAAUAUACAAACCAUUAGGUUAUGUGGUGAUGUAAAAUGGAAUACGGGAACACGAAGAACCUAGUCUAGGCUUGUAUUAGCCACAUGUGAUAAUAAUGUUACUUUGUGAUAUUUUUCUAUAUAGAAAAUAAAAAAAGGUACAAAUGUAAUAAUUUAAAA